CUCGACUCGUAACAAGAAGCUCCCUCGCGCCCGACAUCCGUUGUAAGGGCGAAAACUCAAUGAAAUUCAAGUCAUCUUCUUGACCAAAAUUAACAUCCAUUCUACCAGCGUUAAGAGAACGUCAAGAUAUCGCCUCACUUCAUACAGCAAGAGAUAAUUUUUGGGGAACUUUGAGUAUAAGGUUUUAUUUUAUUUUUGUAUUUUUCUUUAAAAACCUUUUUCUUUACAGAAAAAAAAUCAAAAUAUUCUAGGCCUCUCUCUUUUCGUCCUCUCUUUCUCUUUCAAAAAAAGUCUGAGCAACUAUUCCCCACAAUAUUUUUCGUUCUCGGACUGCUUCACACUUUAUUCGAGGACGGAAAUCUCGCAGUAAAUCGCUUGGACGGCUCGUAUAUGUGAUUGGUUUAACAAGUACCUUUAUUCUUCAGUGAGAGAUCAUGGAGCGCGACUCUACCGAGGGAGGGGCAGAAGACCUGCUCCUGGAAGACAAAGUUUCAAAACUGCGUGCAGGGUCACUUCAUAAAAAUGAACUAGCUGAGGCCAUGGAAGUGGAACAGGAAGGACUAGUAGAACAUCAGCCUCUGGAGCAGGAUGACCUCAACUUUGAGAAAUGGAAGCCCAAGCCAAAGCCCAAGAGGACACUGCAUGAGAAAAUCGAUGACCUAAAGACAUACCUGUGGAAUGCAGAGACUAAGGAGUUUAUGGGUCGCUCAGGGAAGAGUUGGAGCCUUAUUCUGCUCUUCUACUCAGCAUUAUACAUUUUCCUGGCAGCCAUGUUUGCUGGCUGUAUGUGCUGCCUGAUGUGGUCAAUAAGCCCCUAUGCUCCCACCUACAAUGACAGAGUGAUGCCACCAGGUAUGACAAUGUCCCCUCAUGUAGAUGUAGCUCAUGGGUUUGACAUUGCUUUUAACGCCUCAGACCGUAGCUCAUGGAAGAAGUAUGCAAAAUCACUGGAAGCCUAUCUAAAACCCUAUGACGAUGCAGUUCAGGAGAGGCGAAACAUUUUAUGCGAAGGAAAUACGUAUUUCAUGCAGGAUGACUUGGAGGAGAGUGCUGAGCGAAAGGCAUGCCAGUUUAAGAGGUCCUGGCUGGGGGAGUGCUCCGGCCUACAGGAUCGAGAUUUUGGCUACUCAAAGGGAAAACCCUGCAUUCUCCUUAAAAUGAAUCGGAUUCUUGGGUACCUGGCUGGUCAAGGCACUGCAGUAAAUGUUUCAUGUGGAGUAAAGAAAGGGUCAACUGAAGGCCUCGGAGAAGUUGAGUUCUUUCCCAAAAAUAUCUUUAACUUGCGUUACUACCCCUACUAUGGGAAACUGAGACAUGUAAACUACUCUUCACCACUGGUGGCUGUGCGCUUCCCUAGAGUCCAGUAUGACACCCAACUACAUGUUCAAUGCAAACUAAACGGCAAGGGCAUCAUCAACGAUUCAGCAACUGACCGUUUCUUGGGUAGCGUGUCUUUCACUUUAGAAGUGGGUGCAUAGGAUUGCAUUAGACAUAGAGAAAUUGAUAUUACAAAUUCUCAGAAUAUGUUCUAGGUAAUGAAAUAGACCAGUGUGCUGUCUUUACCCCUCUGAUUAUGCCUCUGGCAACCAAUGCACUAUACAUGUCAGAGCAGUGAUACUACUAUACACUUCCUUUUCAAACAAGGAAUCUACCAGUAAGUAAAGAUCGAGCUGAAUAUGCAGUGCAUUCAUAGGUCACAUUCAGUAAUGUAACAGUGAGUACCCAGUAAACAGAGACUGACAGGGCUGAAAUGUCAUUAUAGAAUACAAUGAAAGUAUGAAAAGACAUCAAGAUGUGAAGAUCAAAUAAUAGCUAUUGAGGCAUAAUCACUCAAACAUACAGUCUACAGUAAGAAGUAGGCAAAACAAUUCUCCAGAUCAGUAUAAACUUUAGAAUUAACAUGAAUUAAACAUUUUCAAUAAGUUCUUUUGGUAAGUCAGAUGUGUAUAUAACAUUAAAAAAAUGUUUUAAUGAUUUUUCUCUAAGUUACUGUCUGUUAAAUUCCCCCUCUUUUGUGCAAAUCGACUGCACAAGAGAAAACAGGAAAGGUUAUUUCUGCCAAGAGCCAGUUAGUAACGUAAUAUCCUUUUGCUUGCUCAUUUAAUGGAAUAACAAUCGGAUGAGGUUUAGAAUCAUUAAUUCUAUUGUACAUUUUGGACUAAACAUUUUUUCUUUCGUCUUCUUCUUUUGGAUGUACAACUAAAUUAUGAUUCCAGAGACAAAUGUAUUUUACUGAAAAGUGGGACGUCAUGCCCUUUUCAUCAUUUUCACAGAGAUUCAUAAUUAAAUACAAGUUGAUCCUCUUAAUUAGGCAAUCAUGCAACCAAUACUGUACUUCAUUAAAACUUAUUGAAAUAUUUCAGAGAAUUAAUCUUCUCUAUAGCAUGAAAAUAUCUGUUCAGUUACCUGUAAGAAGGAUUUCAACAGUAUUAUUUAUUAAUUGUAUUUGAAUAUGUUGUCACGGUACAAAUAUUUACAGAGUGUAAUGGUGAGAUGGAAAUUGGUAACUGCACAUCUUUGUUACUCAGUAAAUACAAUGGAAUAUCCAAUGGCUGACAAAGAUUUGCUAGCUCAUGUUUUUAAAAACACUCAUGUUCUAGCAUAAACAAUAAAGAUGGAUGAGAAUUAACGGAAUCAAACCUUUCUGCUCAGUUUUCCAUUCCAUUUCAAUUAGAUGUACAUCAUUUAAACAGAAAAGUCACCACUAUACUACAUCUUCCAUGCAGUCAAGUGUGUUUUAGGUGAUACAGAUAUUACUCUCGGUAAUAUGCACACUUAAGCGAGAAGCUUCAAGAGAGGCACAAUUCUGGUGACUUGUGUCAUAUGUAACUUUUAUAGCAGCAGCCCUGCUCCAAGUCCAUCAGCACAAGAUAGAGGUUUACAAGUCAUGUGAACAGUGCUGUUUGCUGAUGGUUAACAAAGCCAGUUAUAAGAUAAAUAUAAAUCUACUCGGAAAAUUUCUCCAUUCCAAAACCACAGAUUGAAAAGGGAAAGAGAGAGAGAGCGAGGAUUAAAAAAAAAAAAGAAAUGGGAAGACUUGUACAAAAACAGAAAAGCCAUUUUAUUGAAAUUUUUUCCACUUUGAACCAACAUUCUUAACCUGACAGAGAAAAGUCCUAUAAAAGGAACAAUGUGCAACUAAAAUGCAAUAUUCAAUUAUCUUUUUUGGGGAGUAGACUAAAUCUACUCCAAACAGUAGCUUUGUUCUUAGAAACUGUAUUUGAACAUUGUAUGCAUGUGUCCAGACUAAAUCCACAAAUUCAUGUAGGGUUUUGUGGCUAACAGGCAUUUUAUACCACUUUCAACAGAGGGGAUCUAAAGAAAGGAAAAGAAAAAAAAAAAACCCCACACCUCAAAUUAAAAUGCUGGUAAAU